AUGGGCAAGAAACGAGUCUUGGUCAGCUACGGAGUAGAUAUCGACGCCGUGGCAGGUUGGCUGGGAUCAUACGGCGGCGAGGACAGCGCUAAUGACAUCAGUCGGGGCUUGUUCGCCGGCCACAUUGGCACCAUGCGCCUGCUGAAGAUGUUCCAGAAAUAUGACAUCAAAGCAACGUGGUUCAUUCCUGGUCAUUCUCUCGAGACCUUCCCGGAAGAAUGCGCCAAGAUCCGGGACGCCGGCCAUGAGAUUGGAUUGCACGGCUACAGCCACGAGAACCCCUCAGAUAUGACGAUGGAGCAGCAGCGGGACAUCCUGGAUAAGACCUAUCGUAUGAUCCUAGACUUUUGCGGCAAGCCACCUCGCGGGAUGGUUGCACCGUGGUGGGAGACGAGCAAAGAGAUGACGGAUCUCUUGCUCUCCUAUGGGGUGGAAUACGACCACUCCAUGUCCCACCACGAUUGCCAGAUGUAUUGGCUCCGUACGGGCGACACCUGGACGAAGAUUGAUUACAGCCAGAAGGCUGAAACAUGGAUGAAACCCUUAAAUCGCGGCCAGGACACCGGUUUGGUAGAGAUCCCGGGUAACUGGUACAUCGACGACUUGCCUCCGAUGAUGUUUAUCAAGUCAGCUCCCAACAGCCACGGAUGGGUCAAUCCCAGAGACAUCGAGGAUCUCUGGAAGGACCACUUUGACUACUUUUAUCGAGAAUAUGACGAGUUUAUCUUCCCCAUGACCAUCCAUCCGGAUGUGUCGGGCCGCCCACAUGUUCUUCUCAUGCACGAGAGGAUCAUCGAGCAUAUCAACAAGCAUGAGGGCGUGGAAUGGGUGACCAUGGAACAAAUGUGUGAUGAUUUCAAGAGCAAAAACAAGCCGCCGGAGGGCGCGAAGAUGCCGUCCGCUCCUAUAUUGAAAUGA